GUAUGUGGCAUUACAGCAUCAGUGGUUUAAAGUAGAGCAGUGCUGAACACCGGCUACACCUGGAGUUUAGCCGUUAUCUGGACCUUUCCUUUACUUAAUAUCUACUUUCAGAUCAACACACAAUGCCAAACUGGGGAGGAGGGAACAAAUGUGCAGCGUGUCGUGGGACAGUUUACCAUGCUGAGGAGGUGCAGUGUGACGGCAAGAGUUUCCACAAAUGCUGUUUCCUCUGCAUGGUGUGCAGGAAGGGCCUAGACAGCACCACACUGGCUAUUCAUGACCAGGAGAUCUACUGCAAGUCCUGCUACGGGAAGAAAUACGGCCCUAAAGGCUAUGGCUACGGGCAGGGGGCCGGAACGCUGAACAUGGACCGAGGGGAACGGCUGGGAAUCAAACAUGAAGAAACACAGUCUCACAGACCGACCACCAACCCCAACCCGUCCAAAUUUGCUCAGAAGUUUGGAGGUUCAGAGAAAUGUGCUCGAUGUGGAGACUCUGUGUACGCAGCCGAGAAGAUCAUGGGAGCGGGAAAGCCAUGGCACAAGAACUGUUUCCGCUGUGCAAAAUGUGGCAAGAGCCUGGAGUCAACCACCCAGACUGAGAAAGAUGGAGAAAUUUACUGCAAAGCGUGUUACGCCAAGAACUUCGGGCCCAAAGGCUUCGGUUACGGCCAAGGAGCCGGCGCUCUGGUUCACGCUCAGUGAUGCUCGACACACACAAACACACACACACCUUCACACUCCUGACGUUAACUCCAACUCCUUCCCACUUUUUGUAGCUCUUGUCCUCUCCCUCAUAUGCUUGGAUGCUGAAAUACUUUUAUGUUUACAAAUAAAAACAUGAA